UUAUCACCUAAAUUAAUUAUUUAUUUGUAAUUGAACACUAAAGUAACAAAAUGGUACAAUUGAAGCAAGUAUCAUUACGAUUAAAGUCUAUAAAAAAUAUUCAAAAAAUUACAAAGACAAUGAAGAUGGUCUCUGCUAGCAAGUUUACUAGAGCAGAAAGGGAGUUACGAGCUGCCAGGCCAUUUGGCUACGCCCCGAGAAAGUUCUACGAGUCUAGUAAGCUGGUUGAGGGGCCGGUGGAUGCCAAGGGUGGCGACGCUAAGAAGGCUGCAGCUGACCCCGCCGUGGCACCGGCCGCGCCGCCUGCUGAGACGGAAGAUGAGAAGAAACUCAAGAGAGUGUACAUCGCUGUAACUUCUGAUCGAGGACUAUGCGGUGGGGUCCACAGCGGCGUAGCUCGUCGCAUCCGCCGUGAUUUGGCAGCCAGGAGCGCAGAUGGCGCUAACCACAAAAUAUUCUGCAUAGGGGACAAGUCACGCGGCAUGCUUCGACGCCAGUUUGCUCCUAACAUGAUAGUUUCCAUUAAAGACAUUGGACGCCAAACUCCUGUAUUUGCCGAUGCUUCGCGGAUGGCCGCUGCUUUAUCCGAUUCUGGAUACGUAUAUGACAUCGGAAAUAUUUAUUACAAUAAGUUCUUCAGCGCUGUCAAAUAUGAAUUAAAUACCAUACCAUUUUUCAACAAAGAUAAAGUUGAGGCUGCGCCCAACAUGAACUCGUUCGACGACGUCGACGCCGACCAGCUGGAGUGCUACACGGAGUUCACACUGGCCGCGCUGCUGUAUUACGCUCUGAAGGAGAGUGCCGCCUCCGAGCAGUCGGCGCGCAUGUCGGCCAUGGACAAUGCCACCAAGAACGCUAGCGAGAUGAUCAGGAAACUCACGCUGCUGUUCAACCGCACGCGCCAGUCGGUCAUCACCAGGGAGCUCAUCGAGAUCAUUUCUGGUGCGGCCGCCUUGCAGUAAGAAGGUUGCGCUGCUCUACAACACGCGUCUACCGUCAUCACCAGAAAGAUUACAUCUUCCGGUGCGUUACGUGAAACAUAACUCUGUUUUUAACCCCCGACGCAAAAACGACGGGGUGUUAUAAGUUUGACGUGUCUGUCUGUCUGUAUGUGUGUCUGUCUGUGGCAUCGUAGUUCCCGAACGGAUGAACCGAUUUAGA